CGUGCGUGAGGUUUGUGGGCGAGCCCGUAGCUACGACGUUGCCGAGGCUUCAAGAUGGCGGAAGCCCUGACAACUCAAGAGGAGGUGUUUGCCUAGGUUCAACAGGUGAUGUUACGUUUCUGAACAACUGACAAAUGUGAAAGAAAAUGACAUGAACUUGGGCUGUGGAAGAGUUCCUGACAGAGUUGCGGAGUCGGGAACACACACAGAAUGUUGUGUUGGUGUCUGAGAUCACUGCAGUGAAGUUUCUUAUGGCACGCAAGUUUGAUGUGUCCCGAGCCAUUGAUCUCUUCCAAGCCUAUAAGAAUACUAGAAUAAAGGAAGGAAUUUACAACAUAAACCCAGAUGAGGAGCCUCUGAGAACAGAGUUACUGAGUGGAAAGUUCACCGUGCUGCCUGGUCGGGAUUCUAAGGGUGCUGCUCUGGCUCUAUUCACCGCUCGCCUCCAUCGGCCUGAACUCACUACCCAUAAGGCUGUGCUGCAGGCCAUCAUCUAUCAACUGGAUAAGGCCAUUGAGAGUAUUCAGACCCAGCGGGAUGGGCUAAUAUUCAUCUAUGAUAUGACCAACUCUACGUACGCUAACUUUGACUACGAGCUGUGUGUCAAGAUCCUCAAUCUACUUAAAGGUGCGUUUCCUGCCAGGCUGAAGUGUGUGUUUAUCGUGUCCUCUCCACUGUGGUUCAGGGCACCGUUUGCUGUGCUGCGUCUGUUUGUACGGGAAAAGCUGAGAGAGAGAGUGUGCACCGUUAAGGCACAUGAACUGGCCAAUCACAUCCCAGUGUCCUCUCUUCCUGAGCAUCUGGGUGGGACCUUAAAUUACAGUCACAUGGCCUGGGUCCAGUCCUGUUUCAACACUGGCUCUGCCAGUAACCAUAGUGACGCCAAUGAUAACCCGGACUGUGUAGGUAACCUUCUGCGUUCCUAUUGGCCAGAGCAGAAUGCUGCCCCUCUGGACGGGACCAAUGCCAACUUGCCUAAUCACCGAAGCCCAGCCAAUCACACACAGCACUGGAAUGGCUCUGCCCUCCAGGGGCGUGGUCACCAUCCACCUCCGCAGUCUGACACCCCCCCUGACACACCCAUACACCACACACACACACAAAACAUAGUCGUCACGGAGACCGAGUGGGAAUCGGAUGGACGAAUUCAGGACAAACAUGGACAAGGAGACCGAGAGGAGGAGGAGGGACAGGACGAGGAAGACGGGGUUCCCCCUCUGCCACAGAAAUCCCGCCCUCCUCCCCCCUCCCACAGCCCCCCGUCGCUGCCGCUGGAGCUGAUGGAGGUGUCCAUACACAUGCCCGAGCUGGGGGGCAUGACCGUGCACGAGUUGGUGGCCCACGUAAGGAGGAGCCGCAAGAGAGGCAUCUACCAGGAGUACGAGCAGAUCCGCAGAGAGCCACCAACCGGAACCUUCACCUACUCAAAGAAGCCUUCCAAUCAGAUCAAGAACCGUUACAGCGAUGUCCUGUGCCUGGAUGAUUCCCGUGUCAGAUUGACCACUCUCGAUGAGGAGGACGACGAGACCACCGACUACAUCAACGCCAGCUUCAUGGACGGGUACAAGAGGAGCCGAGCCUACGUCGCCACUCAGGGUCCGCUGCCCAAAACAUUUGGUGAUUUCUGGAGAAUGGUGUGGGAGCAAAUGGUCUUAAUCAUCGUCAUGACCACCAGAGUUGUAGAGCGUGGGCGUGUGAAGUGUGGGCAGUACUGGCCGCUGGAGGUUGGCCAGACCGAGGACUAUGGGUUUUUUUUGGUGAGGAGUGUCCACAUUGAGACUUUCCAGGACUUCAAGCUGACUCACCUGGAGCUUUACAACAACCAAACCGGUGAGACGAGGGAUGUCUCUCAUUACCUAUAUUUGAGUUGGCCUGAUUUUGGGGUUCCCAAGUCUGCCUCGGCCAUGUUGGACUUUAGGGCUCAGGUCAAAGAAAGGCAGGAGGCGGGUCUACGUGCACUAGGACCUCAUUGGACAGGACCGGCUGGAGGUCCCCCAAUUGUGGUCCACUGCAGCGCAGGCAUUGGCCGCACAGGUACGUUUUGCACAUUGGACAUCUGCCUGUCCCGUCUGGAGGACAUUGGGACGGUGGACGUGGAGCAGACGGUGCGACGCAUGCGGACCCAGCGAGCCUACAGCAUCCAGACGUGGGACCAGUACUACUUCUGCUACACAGCGGUCAUGGAGCACGCCCAGAGGACCGGCCUCAUCCCCCCCCUCGAGUGGUCCGACGCCGAGCUGGAGACCGACAGCGAGUGAUCCAACAGAGAGAAUGUCGUGAAGUGAGAGGGACAGAGAGCGAGAGGCGGAAGACAGAAAGGACACGCAGGACACAGACAGGCUACUGGGAGCGCGACGACAGGAAGCCAGCCUCGCUCUGGUCCUCACUGCCCUCAGUCCAGCCUCUCAAUAAAGCUCACUGCCUCUGAAGAGUGGGGGAGGUGGAGAGAGUGAAGGAGUCCUUGGUCCGGCCGUUUCAAGCCUUUAUUUUAUGUUUGGUUGUGAAGGACUGACCUGAGUCCCGAUGAUGGGAACUGUGUCAGUGGCGUGUUUUUACCAGUUGUAGCAUUUUUAUUUUUGAAAUAAUGACUUGCACAUGUGAAUGGCAAACUUGAAAGAAUAUUACCCACUUUUUACCCCACCCUCCUCCUUUUUUAGUUACUUUUUUUUGUUACCUCGUUUCUGGUUUAUCAUACAUGAUUUGUUCAUUUCACACAGUUUUUUUGUGUGUGAACAUGAGUGAAACUUGAACUGGUUUCUUUGUUAGGACAUGAUGGCUGACUCUGUUGGUCGUCCUAUGGCUGUUGGACUUGGUCCUCCGUCUCCUAUGUCUUUCCAGCUUUGGUUUUUGUAUUUUGAUUAUCAUAUGUGCAUAUUUAAACUAACCUGAAAGCCAAAGUGAUCACGUGGAAUGCUUGGAUGUACCCUUAAUUACAGUCGUGAGUUAAAACCCAUUGUAUAUUCUUGUAACAUACAUUUAUAUAUUGUGCAUAACAACCUUUGAAAAGCCUUGUUUUAAGUAAUAGACUUGACAUUGUUAAAGAAAUAUAUGAAUAUAUAUAAAUAUAUAUGAAUAUAUAUAUAUAUACAAAUAUUGUGGGCUAGAGUAUGAGACGUUGAAAAGGAGAUUGAUAUAUAUAUAUAUAUAUAUAUCAAUCUCCAUGGUGACCGUGUGUAUUGGUCAGACCUGCAUCAUUUGAAUUUGUUGUGUGUACAUUUCUGUGACGAUGCCCGUCCUGAACUCCGCCUUAAAACAAACAGAAGUCACUGCCUGCCUCGACUGACAACCCCCAACAACCCCACGCUUCAUCCCCCCCCCCCCUUGCUUUUAUUUCUCCUUUUCCCCUUCAUCUGUUGUUUCUGACACUACUACUGUGCAGUGUUGUGGUGAGGUUGACGCUGCCUCUGAUGUCUGUGCCUUCCUGCUUGCCGUAGCACGGUGUUGAUCUUCUUUAAGCUCAGGGGUUUACUCUACUGUUUUAGUGUCAAGCCUUCACCCCCAAACAUUUCAAAACGAAAACCUAUCACGUUUAUUUUUUCUCUCUGUUAUAUUUUAUACAGUAUACUGUAUUAUAUCGUUUUAUUUAUGUCUUUGUAAAAUUUCAGCAGUAUUGAAAACUGAAUGAAUGUUGGUACGGUACUAAAGAGCAACACAACCAAUGGAAAUUUGUAAUUUGAUAAGCUAAACAAAUCAAGAAAGAAAUGGAAAGAUGUCGGGCUGGUGCUGGUUGGCUUUUGACUCUGCAGUGACUUGUGACUGCGUGGUGAUCUAUUUGACAGAACAAUGAUGAACUGCCAUCAAAUACAAAGCCCUGCAGUGAUUUUCAGUCUGUCUGUUUAUGUGCCAGAUGAGUUUUGUUUUGAAUGGAAGGGAGAGGGGUGUGAGGGUAGAGAGGAGAGCUGAAUGUUAAGGAGUUGCAGUGUUGCACUUGUUACACGCACCUGCCAACCAUGGUCAUAUUUACCUGCUCAACUCUUGACUGUUGCCAUGGAACUGAGCCCAUGACCUCCACUGGAGCCUGCCUGAGUGGCCACUGCCCGCCCUGCUGUUGGUGUGGUGGCGUAGACCAGAGCGUCUGAUGGUUAGGGCUGGGGUGGCGCCCUGGCCCCAGACGAUUGAGAGGGCAGAGAGGACUCCAGGAGCUCCUGGGCUUCAUUCUCCACAUAUAAUUUGUCUAUGACAAAUGGGAAUGCAAUUUUUAUGUUCGUUUUUUUUUUUUUUUUCUGUGCUCAAAGAUAUUGUGAUUGAAUAAUGGCCUUCCCCUGCGUCUGCAUUAGUGUUGUUGUAGUAAAACUGAUAUUAUUCUCAAACGGAAGUGUGAAGGUCUGCCUGUUCAGUGUUACUAUAAACAGUUUAAAAAGCAUCAGGACUGGGGCGCUUUCCACUGUUCUAUACUCUGAAUAAAUCUAUGUGAAUUUUA